CAGCCUCUCCUCCCGCAGAGUCCCCGCCCUCACUCCCGGCUGGGGCUACAAUGCGCGUGCGCGUCAGAACUCGUUGCUUCCCGAAGUCUCCAGCCGCUUGUAGGAAAGGUACAGCAGGGCCGAUGCCGCGACCUUGUGGACUCCAGGAGUCUGUCAGAAACAAUCUGAUUGACGAUGCCAAGGCUCGCUUGAAAAAGUUUGAUGUUGGGACCAGAUAUUCCCACUUGUCCCCUAGUAAGUAUUCUGUUCUUCUGCCAUUGCUGGCCAGAGGAGAAAAGCUGUACUUGCUGUUCACGGUCCGCUCAGACAAGAGAUUUUUCCACAUCAAUAUUCCUGGCAGCACGAGUCACAGUACCUUAAUUACAGAAUCAACCUGGAUGGCUAUCGGAGAAGGAAUGGAUCAGGAAAAAUGUAAGCUGAGAAGGGCACCUGGAGAAGUCUGCUUCCCUGGAGGAAAGAGGGACCCAGUGGAUGCAGAUGACACAGCGACUGCUCUCCGUGAAGCCCAGGAGGAGGUGGGGCUGCAUCCCCACCAAGUGGAGGUGGUCUCUCACCUGGUGCCAUAUUUUAUUAAUAAGUAUGCCCUAAGUAAUAUCGUGCCGUUUUCUGUUGAUGUGACAUCCUUCCCCUGUCCACAGCAAGAGGAAAGGAACAAUGACCUGGUAACGCCCGUAGUGGGAUUUCUAGACCCCGACUUCCAGGCCCAGCCUAAUGCUGAUGAAGUGAAGGAUGUGUUCCUCGUGCCUUUGGACUAUUUCCUCUGUCCCCAAGUCUACUACCAGAGUCACUUCACACAUUCUGGCUACCAUUUUGUUUUGCAUUGCUUUGAAUACACAGACCCUGAGACUGGCUCGAAGUACCUCAUCAAGGGAAUGACCUCAAAAUUGGCUGUGCUGGCUGCCUUAAUUAUUUUUGAAAAAAGUCCUUCCUUCGAGACCGAAUUUGAUCUCCAUGACCUGAUACCAUCUUGUGAGAAGACCUUUCUUCAUAGAUGUUCUUCCAGCAAAUUGUGAAGUCACCGAAACCCAAAAGAACAUACACGAGGUUUUUGCAUGAGCUUAUGCUCAGAACAGCAGCAUUAGCGAGUGGUAUCUGACAGGUGUGAAUAUAUUUCGUACACCGUGAUUGUGAGGGCCUUACCUGGUUUCCAGUAGCCAAUUUUUCACCUUGAACACUAUAAGUCUUUCAGAACUGGAAAAAAAAGCACGAGCAGGGUAGUCUAAUUUUACCCAUUAAAAUGUCGCUAUUUUUAGUUGUUUUAUGGGUGUCUGUCACAUAGUAGGCACUUAAUAAAUAUUUGUCAAAUAUAA